AAUGCACACGCUACGCAACUGAAUCAUUUAUUAUUUACACUUCUAGAACAAAUUUGUAAACGGCAGAGUCUUGACUGGUUUUAAAAUGGGAAAUAGCAGUAGUUCAGCAGCACAACCAUUCUCCUGUAAUAAUUGCAGCCAAUUAUUUAAAAUUCUUAUUCCAAAUCCGUGCAACAUAAAGUUAUGUCUCAUCUGUAAUGUGAAUCAUCACGAAAUCUGCUUGCCAUGCUUUGGGAAUCUAUCAUCAACCAGUGACGAAAAUGACGAGAUAAAACAAAUUUUUGUUGGUGUCAUCUUAAAAAUGAAAAGUGACGAACUUUACAAAAAAUCAUCGCUUAUUGCUACUUAUGAAAGGAAAAUGAAACAAAUAGAACAGGAAAAUAAAGAACUACAAACAGAAAUAAAUCAGUGGAACUCACACCAAUUAAAGAUGGAGAACAGUGGUGAACACAAACAACAGGAGGAACGAACUAGUCUAGAUGAAAAAACAGACAGUAAUCAGAUGCAGACAUUUCCGGUACAAGUUCCCCAGCACAUUCCAGUUUUACACCGAAGCCACUCCACUAGAACGAAUUACUUUUUGGAUGUUAAAUCCAAUAGAAACGAUUGUUUGCUGGGGAGAAUCGUUAUCGAAUCCAGGCCAGAGAGUGCUCCAGAAAUGUGCCGAGUAUUUCACAAUUUAUUUUGUGGAAUAGGAGGGAUAUAUUUGGGAUCCAAAAUGAUGAAGGUAUAAAAAUCCAAGCCAAAAUCAGAAAUAUGGCAUU